GAGUUGUACCCGGUGGUGACAGGGGGUGUCUCAGAGACCCAGGAGUUGCUGCGUCAGCGGUUCGACCAUGUGUUCUACACGGGGAACAGCAUGGUGGGCAAACUGGUGAUGGAGGCAGCAGCCAAACACCUCACCCCCGUUACCUUGGAGCUGGGGGGCAAGAGCCCCUGUUACAUCGACAAGAACUGUGACAUUCCCAUCGCCUGCAGGUAAGAGAACACACACACAGAUACAGAAACAAACAGAUCUAACUCUCUUCUGUUUCUCGCCCUUGUCCUUUCCACUUCUCUGUCCUGUAGGCGUGUGACCUGGGGGAAGUAUUCUAACUGUGGGCAGACAUGUAUCGCUCCAGACUACAUCCUGUGUGAGCCCAGCAUCCAGGACCGCGUGCUGGAGGAGAUCAAGAAGUCCAUCAAAGUACAAAUCACUAUGUUGGGAGUAUAAAAAGGAGUAUAUAUCUGCCUUCACUAACCAAGCUUUGAGUAGGAUACAUAAAGGUACUGACAGGCUUUUUCCUGACGUUUUUGUCCCACAAAACCAGUGCUCUCACAAGAUUAUCAUCAUUAUAGACAGGUGGGUUGUUUAGCAACAAAACCGAUGUGUGUGCAACUUUGGUGCAAAACAGACACCAUUGGCUUAGAAUCAAAGGAAAUAAACAAUAUUUAGUCUCCAAAUGUUUAUUGAAAACAUAAAUACACUUGCACAGUAAGCACUUGUGAUCUCUCAAAUACAUUGUUGCAGUUGUUGGUUAGCUAGCGAAUUCUUGACAUAUUAGCAUAGACGUGACAUAAGUCAAAACACCUCAAAACAAGACAUGGUAUCAAGAAUAAGAUACAACUAACUGAAACAAGCCACCUACGAUUUCCCACAUUACAGCUUCUUGUCAUAAUUUUAUUUCAUAAUUUUCAUGACAUUGUCUGGCAACCUGUCUAUUAUGUAAUGUACUAAGAUUGAAACGGUAAAUAUUGACCUUUAAAGUUGGUCAUUUGUGUACAUUUAUUUUCCUCUCAGGCCUUCUACACAGAGGACCCCAAGACCUGCCCCGACUAUGGACGCAUCAUCAACCAGCGCCACUUCAAACGCAUCAUGGCCAUGACAGAGGACAGCACCAUCGCUAUAGGAGGGGAAAGUGACGAGUCAACGUGCUACAUAGGUACUACUUAUGACAGGCAUAAUGCUACAUAGGUACUACUUAUGACAGGCAUAAUGAUACAUACUUGUAGGUAUCACUUUUCCAAUCAAAACUGCCUCAUCUCCUUCCAAUAUUUGUAGCUGACUAGAGACACUAUUCAAUCUCCAUCUUUACAAUUUGUUGUUUGUUUGUUUUGCCUUUUGUUUUCCUUUCAGAUGCUUUCUGUAAGCGCUAUACAAGUUGAAUAAGUUAUUAUUAUUAGUAUGACAGUCAUAGAUCUCCAUAGGUACCACAUACAUUACAGGCCCAUGGUUAUUAUAUACACAAACAAAUCCCACUACAUUAUUUAGUACCAAGCAGUUUGUUUUAGUGGUAAGCCCUUAUUUGUAGAUCUAGUUUAUGUAUAUCUAUGCUCCACACAGCUCCCACAGCACUCCUAUGGGGUCAAAGUGGGUUUCCCAUCUUGUUGAUGUAUAUCUAUUCCCACCACAUACCCUACAGUUGGUUACCCUGACACAUCUAGUUGUGUAUGCUCCCCUCCUCAGCUCCUACAGUACUGCUAUGGGCUUAAAGUUGGUUUCCCAUCUAGUUGACCUCUAUAUUAAAGUAAUGCUGGACUGUCGUUUCUCUUUGCUUAUUUGAGCUGUUUUUGCCAUAACAUGGACUUGGUCUUUUACCAAAUAUGGCUAUCUUCUGUAUACCACCCCUACCUUGUCACAACACAACUGAUUGGCUCAAACGCAUUAAGAAGGAAAGAAUGCGUGUCAAUUGAAUGCAUGUCAAUUAACAAGGCACACCUGUUAAUUGACAUGCAUUCCAGAUUACUACCUCAUGAAGCUGAUUGAGAGAAUGUCAAGAGUGUGCAAAGCUGUCAUCAAGGCAAAGGGUGGCUACUUUGAAGAAUCUAAAAAAACUUUUUGGGUUACUACAUGAUUCCAUAUGUGUUAUUUCAUAGUUUCGAUGUCUUAACUAUUAUUCUACAAUGUAGAAAAUAGUACAAAUAAAGAAAAACCCUUGAAUGAGUAAGUGUGUCCAAACUUUUGACUGGUACUGUAUAUAUUCUCCCCUACUCAGCCCCUACAGUGCUGCUAUGGGGUUAACUGGUUUCCCUGACACAUCUAGUUCAUCCAUAUCUAUGCUCGCCCCUCCUCAGCUCCGACAGUGCUGAAGGACGUGCAGGUGAACUCCAAGGUGAUGCAGGAGGAGAUUUUUGGUCCCCUGCUACCCAUCCUGACGGUCAGCGGAGUGGACGAGGCCAUCAACUUCAUCAACAAGGGAGAGAAACCCCUCGCCCUCUAUAUCUUCUCACCUGAUGACAAGGUAACUACUCAUACAUAUAGAGAACACAUGCUCAGCAACUGUUUCUUUUCAAAACAAUAGUGGUGGGCAGUUUUUUAAUUAUCUCUCUCUAUAGGUGAUUAAAAAAAUGAUAGCAGAGACCUCUAGUGGAGGAGUGUUGGCUAAUGACUGUCUUGUGCACUACUCUCUCAGUGCACUACCCUUCGGUGGAGUGGGUGAGUAGGGCUCACUAUAUAACACACAAACAUAAAAUUGCUAUUUCACACAGUCAAAUAAAAUACAAUUAAUGCAAAUAGUCUGGGUAGCCAUGAUUAGCUGUUCAGGAGUCUUAUGGCUUGGGGGUAGAAGCUGUUAAGAAGCCUUUUGGACUUGGCGCUCCAGUACCGCUUGCCGAGCGGUAGCAGAGAGAACAGUCUAUGACUAGGGUGGCUGGAGUCUUUGACAAUUUUUAGAGCCUUCCUCCGACACCGCCUGGUAUAGAGGUCCUGGAUGGCAGGAAGCUUGGCCCCAGUGAUGUACUGGGCCGUACGCACUACCCUCUGUAGUGCCUUGCGGUCGGAGGCCGAGCAGUUGCCAUACCAGGCGGUGAUGCAACCAGUCAGGAUGCUCUCGAUGGUGCAGCUGUAGAACAUUUUGAGGAUCUGAGGACCCAUGCCAAAUCUUUUCAGUCUCCAGAGGGGAAAUAGGCUUUGUCGUGCCCUCUUCACGACUGUCUUGGUGUGUUUGGACCAUGAUAUAGUUUGUUGGUGAUGUGGACACCAAGGAACUUGAAGCUCUCAACCUGUUCCACUACAGCCCUGUCGAUGAGAAAGGGGCCGUGCUCAGUCCUCUUUUUAUUCCUGUAGUCCACAAUCAUCUCCUUUGUCUUGAUCACGUUGAGGGAGAGGUUGUUAUCCUGGCACCACACGGCCAGGUCUCUGACCUGCUCCCUAUAGGCUGUCUCAUCAUUGUCUGUGAUCAGGCCUACCACUGUUGUGUUGUCGGCAAACUUAAUGAUGGUGUUGGAGUCGUGCCUGGCCAUGCAGUCAUGGGUGAACAGGGAGUACAGGAGGGGACUGAGCACGCACCCCUGAGGGGCCUCUGUGUUGAGGAUGUGUUGUUACCUACCCUUACCACCUGGGGGUGGACCGUCAGGAAGACCAUGAUCCAGUUGCAGAGGGAGGUGUUUAGUCCCAGGGUCCUUAGCUUAGUGAUGAGCUUUGAGGGCACUCUGGUGUUGAACGCUGAGCUGUAGUGAAUUAAUAGCAUUCUCAAGUAGGUGUUUCUCUUGUCCAGGUGGGAAAGGGAAGUGUGGAGUGCAGUAGAGAAUGCAUCAUCUGGGGAUCUGUUGGGGCGGUAUGCAAAUUGGAGUGGGUCUAGGGUUUCUGGGAUAAUGGUGUUGAUGUGAGCCAUGACCAGCCUUUCAAAGCACUUCAUGGCUACAGACGUCAGUGCUACGGGUCGGUAGUCAUUUAGGCAGGUUACCUUAGUGUUCUUGGGCACAGGGACUAUGGUGAUCUGCUUGAAACAUGUUGGUAUUACAGACUCAGUCAGGGACAUGUUGAAAAUGUCAGUGAAGACACUUUCCAGUUCUUCAGCGCAUGCUCGGAGUACACGUCCUGGUAAUCCCUCUGGCCCUGCGGCCUUGUGAAUAUUAACCUGCUUAAAAGUCUUACUCACAUCGGCUACGGAGAGCGUGAUCACAUAGUCAUCCGGAACAGCUGAUGCUCUCAUGCAUGCUUCAGUGUUGCUUGCCUCGAAGUGAGCAUAGAAGUGAUUUAGCUCAUCUGGUAGACUUGUGUCACUGGGAAGCUCGCGGCUGUGCUUCCCUUUGUAGUCUGUAAUAGUUUUCAAGCCCUGCCACAUCCGACGAGCGUCAGAGCCGGUGUAGUACGAUUCAAUCUUAGUCCUGUAUUGACUCUUUGCCUGUUUGAUGGUUCGUCGGAGGGCAUAGCAGGAUUUCUUAUAAGCGUCCGGGUUAGAGUCCCGCUCCUUGAAAGCGGCAGCUCUACUGUUUAGCUCAGUGCGGAUGUUGCCUGUAAUCCAUGGCUUCUGGUUGGGGUAUGCACGCACGGUCACUGUGGGGACGACGUCAUCGAUGCACUUAUUGAUGAAGCCAGUGACUAAUGUGGUGUACUCCUCAAUGCUAUCGGAAGAAUCCCGUAACAUAUUCCAGUCUGUGCUAGCAAAACAGUCCUGUAGUUUAGCAUCUGCGUCAUCUAACCACUUCCUUAUUAACCAAGUCACUGGUGCUUCCUGCUUUAGUUUUUGCUUAUAAACUGUAAUCAGGAGGAUAGAGUUAUGGUCAGAUUUGCCAAAUGAGAAGGGAUAUGUGUGAUUGACUGUUCUACAUGUUUCCCCCUGUAGGUAACAGUGGUAUGGGCAGCUACCACGGCAAGUUCAGCUUUGACAACCUGAGCCACCUGAGGGGCUGUCUUAUCAAGCAGCUGAAGAUGGAGGGGGUUAACGACGUGCGCUACCCGCCCCAUACUGCCAAGAAGCUGUUCUGGGCACGCUUCUUCAUCCUCAAAAAUCCUGACCUGGGGUGGUUAGGCCGCAUGGCGCUACUCGCUAUCAUCGCGGUGGUGGCUGCUGUGGUGCUACAG